AUGGCCACUAUUCAAAAGGGCGAAAACAGAAUCACAUACCAGGGGAAGACAAUCCGUCAGCCCACGUACAAUAUGCUGGAACAAGAAAUCACAGAAAAAAAGGAAAAAGACCUAGAAUACUUUGGUCAGAGCUGUCAGUUAGGGAACUCUGUAAGGAAUCAGGAAAUUGAAAUCAAUUUACGCAAGUACGAGGGUUGGGAAAGACAGAGCUUGAAAAGUGAUGAAAUACUUUGGAGACUUGCAAGAGCCACAUAUGAAAAGGCAAAAGCUGCUGCUACAGAUGCUGAAAAGAAAGUACUUUACAGAGAAGCUCUUGACUAUGCAGAGGAGGCACUUUCCAUUAAUGAGAACAACUUUGCUGUACACAAGUGGAUGUCAAUAUUAAUAGAUUAUGUGUAUGGUUAUGAAGGAACAAAAGCAAGAAUUUCACAGUCAUUUAAUGUGAAACAUCACAUGGAGAGAGCUUGUCAACUGAAUCCUACUGACGGAACAUCCUGGUACCUGCUUGGAUAUUGGUGCUUUACAGUUGCAAAUAUACCCUGGUACCAGCGGAAAAUAGCAGCAGUUGUGUUUGCAACACCACCAUCAUCUUCAUUUGAAGAAGCCUUAGACCAUUUUUUGCAUGCUGAGGAAAUUUCUCCUAAUUUCUACAGUAAAAACCUGUUUAUGAUUGGGAAAACCUAUAAAAUGCUUGGCAAAAAGGAGGAAGCUAAGCAGUAUUUGGAACGGGCUAGAGAUUACCCACAGAAAACAAGAGAAGAUAGAGAAUCCAGGGAGGAUGCAAUUGAGCUUCUUAAAGAUUUAUGAAUAUGUUGGAAAUUAACAUGUAAUUAUAAGGUAAUUCAUGCAAAUUACUUUGCAGUUGUAGUACAAGAAUUUGAGAAAUGCCUUUAGGGUAAUGUGCCUUUUAGUAUGUCAGUUGUCCUGCAUUGUACAAAAAUUUUUUGCUUCACUAUACCAAGUUAGCUUUCUAAAUUGAGUAUAUUUUGCAGUAAUAUUUGUUUUUCAGUGUUUCAAAAUUUUUGCUUCAAUGUACCAAGUUAGCUCUCUAAUUUGAGUAUAUGUUGCUGUAGUAUUUGUUUUAAAGUGUUUUGCCAAAAGCAAACAUGUUUCUCUGAGAAUUAAGAGGAAAAUACUGUACAGAUAAAGAUAGUGGUUCAUAGUACACUCUCACUCAUAUUGUCGCAUUAGAAACUGGAGAUUGGUGGAUAGAGACUUUUUUUUAUAUUUUUAUUGGAUCCUAAAUUCUAUACAUGUUGAUAGGCUUAGUAGGUUUCUGGAUUUUGUACUCAAACAGAUAAGAAAACCUUGCAGAAUAUCCUAAGGAAGGCUCCUUUUGAUGUAAAUGCCAGAACAUUCAGAAUUGCAAGAAUGUGAAAUUUAAAUUUAAGGAGACCAAAUUUAGGUUUCAGUUGAAAGGGGGUAGCAAAACUUUAAUACAGUAUACAGCACUAUAUUUAUUAUAAAGAUAAUGUUUUGUUUAAGAAGCCAAAGCUUACUAGUAGUGGUAAUUAUAGUGAAAUAUAGGAGGGAAAAAGAAAAACAUCAGUGGAAGAUGUUGUGAGAUGCAGAAGGAAAUUUUUUGUGACAAAGCUUGAUUACACUAGGAUACCUGCAAACUUGAGUAUCAGUGUGUUUAUCUUUGGUGGAGAUCUCACAGAGUUAUUGGUUAGAAUAAAAUUAUAAGGAAAGGAAAAAGUUCAAGAGCUAGUUUUUAAGAUGUCAGUGCAAGUUGACAAUACUGUAUGCUUUAUAUUCAUUAGCAUGUCAACUCAGGUAGUCCUCUUAAGUUUUAACCAAGGAAUUAUAAUUGUUCAUGAAUUUUUUUCCAUUCUCAAGUAUCCUUUUAAUUAAUAAAAAGUAAUAAUUUGUUAUUAAUGAGAAUUUCAAAUUUUUGUAUUGUAGGAAUUUUAUUUUUAAUAUACAAAAUAUUUAAUGGAGGACUGAAAUUAUGGAGAUAAUAUAGAAAUACAAACCCAAAAAGUUAUUAAAAACUCUGAAAAAUAUUAAAGUUUUUACUUUUGUAACAUAAUAGAGAAAUUGGUGCCCUUUAAACUAUCGAAUCCCCCAGUAUGAAAGGGAUUAUUUUUCUUCACACAGAUUCUUUGUGAAAGAUAGUGAAAGUUUGUUAUAGUAAAUAUUUUCAAGUAGCAAAUUUGGAAGUUGUACAUGCUCAUGAUAGUGGAGAUAUUUUGCCAUUUUUUCAUUAUUUGCUUGCAGUAGCUGGAUGAAACAAGUUUUGUUAAAAUGAGUUGGUUCCCAAGCUAGGCGAGUGAUAAAAAGCACAUUUUAGGGAUGUUUUGGCACUCCACUUUCAUAUUGCCAGCUUAGCAUACCAUUCCUUCAUUUAUUUACUGCAGACUUGAGUUUGCCAUCUUUGUUGUUAAGGUACCUAAUAAUGCAUGUACUACACAGAGUAAAUUGGCUACAUCUAAUAUAUUUAGGAAUAAUUCAUAAGCCAUGAAAUAUUUACAAGUUAAAUAUUUAUAAGCCAGGCUUGAUGCAGGUUUAAUGUCGUAUGUUUAUCUGUAUAUAGUUGAUCAAUGAGAAGAAAAAUCUUUAUGGUUUCUUGAAAAUUAUUAUACUCUGUUGUUUAGAUAUUUUAAGUUUUUGUUGUGCCAGAUUUUCUGUUAUCUUUGUUUAGGCCUCUUGUAUAAUUUGCAGCACAAACAAUGCAAGUAAUUUUAAGUAUUUUACUAUAUUUCAAUGCAAGCAAUUUUCAAAUGCAGCAUAAGGUAUACUUUUUGAAGUGUGAUUGGGGGGUAUCAUAAUUUAUAGAAUAAUUGCAAUGUUUGAACAAUUGCAGUAGUCAAAUUGCGAAAAGUUUAGUUCAUGAACUAAACUUUUUUUAAUAUUCUUUUGAUUAGAUUAUCUCUGUGCUCCAAUUUUUCAGUCUACUGAUGAUUUUAGGAUGUCAAGCUCAGUGGUUUGGUUCACCUUUUUUUAUAGCUAAACCAAGCCAAGAUGCAUUAUGUACAUACAAAGUUACAGGAUUUGAGACUGACAGAUGGUCUGAAGAACCGAGUGUAUAUUUUAAUUAUAAUAUAAACUGAGUAGGUCUUAUAUUUACAAUUUCAGCUUUAAAACUUACAAAUCCAAAUGUUUCAAAUUUCAGAAUAUGUAUGGUACAUGGUUGACCAAUACUGAAUUCCUACAAUCUUUCAUCACCCUAAUUUGUAAUUUUUUGGUUAUUUUUUUGUUUCAAAUUGUGCAUAUACUGUUUUCAUAUUAUAAAAGCCAUGUUUCCUCGUUUUCGUUUUAGCUUGAACAGUAUAAUAUUAUAAAAGUCAUGUUUCCUCAUUUUUGUUUUAGUUUGAACAAAGUCAGCGUUCACUGAAACAAUGCAAUAUAAAUGACAGUGUAAUUGCCUGUGUCCUUGUUGAAUUUGCAACUAUGCUGAAUAGUGAUUUACAUAAAGUAGGUAGUAGAUAUUAUGACUUGUACAUUUCCUACAGAAGUAUACAAACCAUUGCCUUUUAUGCUUUUGUGUUAGAGUAUUCCUCAACUUGAGCUUGGAACGGUUGUUGAAACUUCUGAAGUUGGAUUUUGGAAGUAGUCGGGUGAGGGGAGGGUGUGAACCCCCACUAUAAGCCAGCACUUUUCUUCAGCUGCACUAGAGUUAAGAAUACUGAGAAACCUAUCUUUCUUUGCUGUUCCCACUAAGGAACUCAGUGUUAUUAAAUCUCUUGUAGCAGUUGACUUGCCUAUGGAGAUAACCCCUGGGUAUAGAAUAUAGGCCUUAAUCCACUGAUGCCCGGUGCACAAGAGGUUUCACCAUUUUUGAGCUGCCAAUUACAAAGUUUCUGGCUGAAAGGAAUAUUUUGGUGGAGCAGCUCAGCUAGCCAGGAGAGAUUUGUCCCUACUUGCUUGUGUAACGAAAAGCUUAUAGAAUUCUAGUGAACUUGAAUGAUCAACCUGUCACCACACAGUUAUCUGGAAAUUUCUGGUAUUCUAUCCAUUUCCAGACCCCAAGCAGCCUUGGGAAAUGCCUUCCAGCUGCAAUUUGGACAUAGAAUAAUUUGCCUUUCCUGCUCUAAGUCUGUAUAGUCCAGUGAUUAACUGCAUAUUCGUCACUUAGGUCACAAAUAAUCAUGUAAUCCUCCUUGUUAGUCCCACAUUGACUAGUAUCCAGAUCUGCUAGCUCUUUUGGUCAUGACGUCCUGUGAUUCCUGUUUGGCUCACUCAUCGUUGAUAAAUGAUUCUACAUUCUAGGUAGCUUCAACUAACAUCUACUAGGGAGUGGAUCAUCAUCUCUGAUUGAUGCUGUAGAUGGAGUUUCUCUCUGCUUGGAACUACUUUACAGCAGAUCAGGGACUUUCUAAUCCACCUUCAUCAAUGUAAUCUCCUUUCAGCCCUUGCAGUUGAGUCUGGUGCUUUGCCUUUAGCAGUUUUCCAACUGAAGGGUGUGGAUCUCAUUCUCUGUAGAUGUUCAUGCUCAUAGGAACUUUGAACAGCUUUGGCCUCUUAAGUGCAAUGUGGCUUCAGAUCUUCUGCAGCAUAACUUAGGAUGCCUUGGUCUAGGAAUUUCUGGUUUCACUCCCUAUUUCUUUGUGCAGAGCUGGAUGAUCUCUUUUUGUGUUAGUGCAUGCCCUGCAGCACUAGCAAAUGAAAGCUUUACCUUAGGGGAGAGUGUCACUAUUUCUUUAAAGCACUAGCAGUCUUAAGGAGAAUGUUUCCCAGAGUACCCUUCUCCUUGGCUUCAUGCCAAUCACCAGUCCAAGUGAGAGCUCAUAGAGCCAGGGAUGCUAACCCUGUCCCUAGCCAUUCAUGAGCAGCUUUCCAGUUCCACAACAAUGAUGGCAGCUGUCACUGGUGCCCGACUACAUUUACUUCAUUUAACUUCUGAGACAUCACUAGCAAGUCCUUGAGCCUUUCUCCUUAGGACCUGCUUAACAGAUUGUGUAGUUUCUAAACUCUUCAGAUCAAAAACAUCUUGCCAGUGUACACCAGUGGCUUAAAGAUGGAGUUUGAAUAGAUGAAGGACUGCCUCUUUCCCUUCUUUCUUCCUCUGAAAGGUAGCAGUCAGGCUAAGUAUGUGGUAGAUGUGUUGUGAUGUGGGUAGACUUUGCAGUCAUGUUUCCUACUCACAGGUUUGACUUUUAGUUGUCAGGUUAUGGGAAUUUACCAACUCAUCAGCCAGGUUCCAAAUAACCGCCUUAACCGCCUUGUUACAAAGUUUCAACAGCAGUUACAAUCUCAUAUGGAGGAAUACUUCUACAUGAAAGGCUCUAGUUGGUAUACCUGAAAAAUACACUUUUUUUUUCAAUUUGGUAGUAUGCAAUCAAUCUAUUUUAUAGAAAGUUACAUAUAGAUGGGAAUUUAAUAUCAUACAAACAUCAAAUAAUGGAGGUUAUAUAUAUUUAAUAUAAGAAAAUGUUUAUACAAUUUAUUUUUUAUUAUAAAUUACAUCAAUUACUAUUUGAAUGUCUAAACUUAACUUUAAUGAUAAAUACUAUUGCAUGUUAUAUUGUUAAAGCCAAAGUAUGUGCAUCAUGAAUACUAAGCAUCAAAUAAAAAUAUUUAUCACAGUAUAUAAAUGAUAA